AUGACCUUGAACAACUUGACACUAUACACCACGACGGCAGUGCUGAUCUUGGACACAGACGGAAACCGAGUGAUUGCAAAGUACUACCAACCUCCUCACGCAGCCAACUUUGCAUUGACAGCUACUCCCGCUCAGCAAAACGCAGUAGCCAGCACGACACCGCAACUGGCAGCCAAGAACCCACUGUCGACACUCAAGGACCAGCGUGCAUUUGAAAAGGCCAUCUUUGACAAGACGAAAAGAGCGACGGGCGACAUUGUCCUGUACGAUUCGCAUUUGGUGCUGUUCAAGGCUUCGCUCGAUGUCAUCUUUUACGUUGUCGGUCCUGCCGCAGAGAAUGAGCUGAUGCUCUCGGGGCUUUUGAGCGCAUUCUACGAUGCUACGAGCAUGCUGGUGCGUCACCAAGUCGAGAAGCGUGCCAUCCUGGAAAACUUGGAUUUGGUGACGCUGGCUUUGGACGAGACAGUAGACGACGGCAUCAUCCUCGAGACAGACAGCACCACCAUCGCAUCGCGUGUAUCGCGUCCUCGGCCGGAUGUCAACGAGAUUCAAAUCAAUGAACAAACCAUCAUGAGUGCAUACUCGAGUCUGAAGGAGCGCGUUGCACAGAGGAUUUUGCAAGGAGGACUUUGA